AGUUCAACAUUCUUCUUCAUUGAUGCAAGAACUUGCGGCACAUACGUAUAACUGUGGUAUAGAAAAUAUAAUUCAUGUCAACAUACAGAAAAGUUUGUAAUUAUAAUUUUUCCAAGAUAUAGAUUAUUUAAUGUUAUAACGACCAUGACUUCCACAAAAAUGGCGAUGGUAAUAUUCACGAUCCUUUUUGGAGUAUUUCUAAGGAUCGAGUGUAAAUUGACAGAUAUAGUACAUACAGAAACAGGGCCUGUGCAAGGUGAAAUUUUGCAAACGGUUCUCAACUCUGUCGAAUAUUCUUCCUUUAAAGGAAUACCAUAUGCAGAACCACCUGUUGGGCAUUUGCGAUUUAAGCCACCUAUUAAGAAAACACCCUGGUCAGACGUUUUACGAACUACUCUAGAAGGAGCUAAUUGCGUUCAAAGGGAUUUUGUGUAUCAUAAUUAUACUGGAUCCGAAGAUUGUUUAUAUUUGAAUGUGUAUACACCACAGACCCAGUUUAAUAGUGCAGUUCCUGUUUCUAAACCUGUGAUGGUUUGGAUAUAUGGAGGUACAUUCAAAUCAGGCUAUGGAAAUAGUUCAUUGUAUGGUCCAGAUUUUCUAAUAGAAGAAGACGUUGUUUUGGUUACUUUCAAUUAUCGUCUUGGACCUCUAGGAUUUUUAUCUUUAAAUCAUGAAAGUGCAACUGGAAAUGCCGGAUUAAAAGAUCAGAAUUUAGUUUUACGAUGGGUAAAUGAAAACAUUGCUAAAUUUGGAGGUAAUCCUAAAAAAAUUACCCUAUUCGGACAAAGUGCUGGGGGAGUCGCAGUAGAUUUACAUGCUUUAUCAGAUAUGUCCAAAGGUUUGUUUCAUCAGUCAAUUUCUAUGAGUGCAUCACCACUUUGUCCCUGGUCAUUUAGCACACCCGAUGCUUCUGAGAAACAAGCUUUUGCAUUAGGUUCAUUGCUGAACGUUAAAACUAAUAGCAAAGAAGAGCUGCUUGAAGCUCUCUACAAGACACCAGCUGUAUUGCUUAUGCAAAAGACUGAAGAGUUAGGAUCGAUGAAUUCACCAUUCGCGCCGACUAUUGAGAGAUCUGACAUAGCUAUGGAUCAAACGAAGUUCCUUACUAAAUGUUCUUAUGAUAAAUACAUGGAUGGUGAUUUCUCAGAUAUUCCUCACAUUACAGGAUUCACCAAACAUGAAACAUUACUCUUUACCAAAAGUCUAGAAACUAUCAUGGACUUGUUGAAUACAACAGCAAGCUACGUCAAAUCCAUACCAUCUCUAUCCCCAAUCUCGAUACCAUUUAUUGAUACAAUAAUUUCCAUAGUAGAAAAAGGCACCACUUUUAUUUCCGAAUCAGUAAUAAUGCAAAUUGUAGAAGAAACAUCAGAUUUGCUAUUCGUACAAGGUAUCGAUUCCAAGCAAAAAUUGCUACAUAGAAAAAGUAAAAGUCCUAUUUAUUACUAUCAUUUAAAGUAUGAAACAGAACGAUGCAUCCACAAACAACUGUACAAUAUAAGUCUUAAUGGAGUGGCGCAUGGAGAUGAUUUUGGAUAUCUUUUCCACAUUAAAGUAGCUAAUCUUUCGCUCGAUGCAAAUGACCUUGCGUUUAUAACUAGAAAAAGAAUGGUACGAUUGUGGGCCAAUUUUGCAAAAUAUGGUAAUCCUACACCUAAUGGCACGGACGAUGAUCUAUUGGAAGGCAUGACAUGGCCUGCAUCGGGGUCGACUGGUGCUCAUUUAGAAAUUGGUAAACAUCUAACUGUGGGUCAACGACCAACGAAACUAAGGGUGGAGCUAUAUCAACUGGCCAAUGGUCUUACUCUACCUCUACAAACAGGAUGCACAGCUAAUACAUUAACUGCUAUAGCUAAUUUUUUCCAAAGGCCGUUCUCUUCAUUGGAUAAUAAAUUUGGCUAAAUACAAUGCUCCAGAUCGCACGGAAAAGUUUCUGAAAAAAUAAAGAUCUAUUUAUGAUUUGGGAACAAAAGAAUAUAUGAAUCUAAAAGAAUAAAAGGAUUACUAAUAGUGUUAUCAUGUGAAUGCCCCCACGAAUCAACCAAAUUGCACAAUGAUACAAUCUGA